GGCCGCGCCGCCAUUUUGGGUGUCAGCGCUGGGCGCGGAGCGGGCGCCCCGGGGGGGUGCGGGGCGAGAGCGGCCUGCGGGCGGGCGGGCGGCCCCCAUGGCCGGGCAGUUCGACUCCGAGGACCGGGCGAGCUGGUACUGGGGGCGGCUGAGCCGGGCCGAGGCGGUGUCGAUGCUGCAGGGGCAGCGCCACGGGACCUUCCUGGUGCGCGACUCGGGCACCAUCCCCGGCGACUUCGUGCUCUCGGUGUCCGAGAGCUCCCGCGUCUCGCACUACAUCGUCAACAGCCUGGGGCCGGCGGGAGGCCGGCGGGCCGGCGGCGAGGGCCCCGGGGCCCCGGGGUUGAAUCCCACCAGAUUUCGAAUAGGUGACCAAGAGUUUGAUUCUUUGCCAUCUUUGCUGGAAUUCUACAAAAUACACUAUUUGGACACUACAACCUUGAUAGAACCAGUUUCCCGAUCCAGGCAGAAUAGUGGUGUUAUCCUCAGGCAGGAGGAAGCUGAGUAUGUGCGAGCUCUCUUUGACUUUAAUGGCAACGAUGAGGAAGACCUUCCAUUUAAGAAAGGAGACAUACUGAGAAUCCGGGAUAAACCUGAAGAGCAGUGGUGGAAUGCAGAAGACAGCGAAGGAAAGAGGGGAAUGAUACCUGUUCCUUACGUCGAGAAGUAUAGACCUUCCUCUGCUUCAGUAUCUGCUGUCAUUGGAGGUAACCAGGAUAGUUCCCACCCACAACCACUGGGUGGGCCGGAGCCAGGGCCCUAUGCCCAGCCCAGCAUCAACACUCCGCUCCCUAACCUCCAGAAUGGCCCUAUUUAUGCCCGGGUUAUCCAGAAGCGAGUCCCUAAUGCCUACGACAAGACAGCCUUGGCUUUGGAGCAGAACUCUGCCAUUUUGACCUCACCAAAGAGGAGUACUUGGAGUAAAACCACAGCAGACAGAAGUCUUCACAUGAACCUUCAGUUUUGCUUUGAAGCAUAUGGGAUACGUUUAGUCGGUGAGCUGGUGAAGGUCACAAAGAUUAACGUGAAUGGUCAGUGGGAAGGAGAAUGUAAUGGCAGACGUGGUCACUUCCCAUUCACACAUGUCCGUCUGCUGGAUCAACAGAAUCCUGACGAGGACUUCAGCUGAGUGUGGCUCAACAGUUGCUCUUACAGAUGGGAACAAUUUCAACUUGUUUUUAUUGCAGAUGCCAUCAAGACUGUGUUCCGACAGAAGCUGAAAGCAGUAUGGCUUGUACAAGCAUUCUGAUAACCUGCAAACCCCUGGGACUGAGCACCACCAUUCCUUAAUCAAGGGUCAUGUAAUUCAGGGUACGACAGUAGAUAACUUCUGUGUCAAGUGGCAGAACUAGUAGAUGAUUAUAGGUUGUAAUGCCUGCUUAUGUCCAUGGGCACAGCAGACUGGACCUUGCCAGCAGCAGCAGUUGGAGAAAGCAGUAAUGUAGCUGUUACAAUAACACUUCUAGCUCUCUCCCGUCCUAUUGCUUAUGUUGCUUCUUCCUCAGGCAAUGAACAUCAACCUUAGACAAUUCAAUAUAUAAUAAGACAUUUCACAGUUUUAUCCUGGAGCUUUCUCCAUUAUUUUUUUUUUUUCCCCAUCCUGAAUACUCUGUCCUAGAAAGGCUCUAUCAUACUUGGUGUGGUCAGUAACUGUGCUCAGUGCAGAUCUGGGCAGAGCCCCCUGGGACAGCCUGAUGAUUUACAGGUGUUACCAUGGUCAUGGUAAAUGGCAGAUCAAAUCAACCUUAGAAUUCUAGAAGUUUGUGGACACUAGAUUGAUUUCUUCAGUACUGUUGAUGCUUCAAACAUAGCAGCUGAUUUUAAAUUAAAAUUUCUAUUAACACACCAAUAUAUAUUUUUUUUUUAAUCCACAAGUGUAAGGUUUAUGGAAGUGUAAACAUUCAUAUCAGUGCUGAAAAAUACGUGCAUAGCACUUUAAUGCAUAGCUUUAAAGCAGUGUUUGAUUCACUAAAUAUACUAAAAUAUUGACAUUGCUUUCCAAUAAAAUUAAACUAUAUAGGGCCAGUUUUUCUAGAAUUCUUCAACACUCCUGUUGUACAGUGCAGAUCAGUGUCAAACAUGGUGAACUGACAAACCAAAUAUUACUUUUUAAGUUACUCUGGAGACUCUCCUGAUUUAAUUCCCAUCUGUAAAAUACUUGAUAGUGAAUUCACGAGGAUUUUAUUUUUAAUAAACUAAUGGAAAAUACUUGUGUGCUUCUGGAUUGAUUCUCAAAAGGCAUAAGACAGUAACUAUGGCUUCAUAGCUCAUAAUGCAAAUCAGUGCAUUGAGUAGCUGGUAGGAUGCACUGCUUGAUUAUUUUUUUUUUCCUGUUCUUCUAAUCAUCUGGUUUUCUCUAACAUAAAAUCAGAAUGGAUUCAGUAAGUUUUGUAAACUGAAAUUAAACACUGAAGUAACUAUCCCUUGCUUGUACUUGGGAUUGUUUUCCAAACACAGCAUUCUAGUGACCAAACUUAAAUAAAUUUUGUAACUUUAACUACAGCGUGAGCCACACAGAGCAGUUCUCCUGAAUAGGAUCAAGCUGAAAAUGCUGUUUGGGUUGAUACAAACCACGUGAGUAGAAUGGCUCGUUGGUUGUUAAUGCUGCCAGAGCCAGUUGCCACUGCAGAGGCUGUUGGUACAAGGCACCAACCCGUACAACAAUACUGGGAACACUUUACCUCAGAACUGUGUAACAUGCUGGAAAUUAGAAUAUUUCUGUUAUAUUUAAGUACUAGUUGUUUUACUUCAAAACUAAUCCAUCAGCAAGACUAAUUUUCAGGUAAUGGGCACUCAUUAAUUCUAUAGACUAACACCAAUGUACAUAAUCAUACUUUUUCAUCACCAAUCUCAUAAGAACUACUGAGAGUAUAAAAUUUACUCAUGAGGAAACAAAAUUGAGAAGCUAACUCUAGGUUCUGUAACACAUUGGUUUCUUUAAGGCUAAUUUGUAUUUUUCCUCUGACCUUGAUAUUUACAAUGACUGAUUUUUCUUUUCAAAAGCUGCACUCUAAAUAACAGACUGAUAACUGAUUAACUGAGUUGAUCAGUUGCCCUUAUAUGCUUAUAUUUUUCUUCAGGUAUUGUACAAGAAACAUUACAAACUGUGUGUUUUUAGAGUAACACAGUGUCUUCUGAAGUAUUUUUUUCCAAUUGCAGUUAAUGAAAGCCUGUACGUUUGUAACUGUCCAAUCAGCAAUUAUUUUAAGAUACCAAAAUAACUUUUUUCUGAAAAUAAAAAUUUUAUUAUGCAAGUCUUGCCUUUUUAAUACGAAAGACAAAGUGAAUUAACUAGCAAAUACCCUGCAAACUUUGUAGAUGUGUUUUUGUUAAGACUGUAUAAAUUGAGAAUAUUUGUACACUUGAAAAACAACUAGAGGAGUCUUAAUAGCUGCUGUUGCACUAGAAUCCUAAGUUCUUGUCAAGCAGUUUUUCUUAGUCAACUGAUGUAUUAAUGCAACUGUUUUCCACUAUUCAGUUCUAAGCCAAAAUGUGAUUUUGUUUGAUAGGUGUUAGAAAUGAGUAUGUUUGCAUUUGGACAAAGUAGACAUUUCAACUUACCAGGCUCUUAAAGGAAAAUAGGUAGAAGGAACAUGUAGAUUAAAUCCUUUUGUGGCCUUUGUUCAUCCUCUUCUAUAUGUUCCCUUCCUUCUCCCUAAUGCGUGCAAAAAAAUCAUUGCUAAGAACGUUGGUCACAAUCUUUUGUCUCUACUUGGCUGUGUUUUGGUCUCUUGUGCAUAGGCAGGUGUUAGAACUAGAAUAAUCAUUUCUAGAAAUACACCGUGAAAGCAGAAUGCUCAACUACACUGUGUUCUUCUGGUGCAUUUACACAAUUAUAUCACACUAAAAAGUACAACUGGCUGCUAUGGUUUUUUUAAUAUAUAUUUAAUUUUGGUAAACCCCAGCCUUUUUACUAAUAUUUGACCUGGUUAAAUCUUGUUAAUCUGUUUGAAUUGUAUUUGUUAAUAAUGCAAAUAUUUCUAAUCAUGUUAAGAGUAAAAACACUUCAUUUUUGUUAAUGGUUUUGGGGAAGGAUUCUAACCAAACCAGUUUGAAGAAAAAUAUGAACAUGUGCCAUUGUAUUAUAACACUAUCCACUUUCUUGACAGUUAAAGUCUUUUUUUUUUAUUUUUUUGUAGCAUGUAAUGUAUAUGUUCAUAGUACGUGAAGUAAAUAAAAGUAUAGCCAAAA